AUUCUGCAAUCGAAAUUAUUUGAGUUCAGCCUCAAAUUUCAGAUCAAUUCAAUUCAAUCCAAUUAGAAUGACUUCGGUUGAUUCUUCUCUCUCUAUUGGUCAUAAGUGCAGCAAUGAAGCUAUUUCCGUGAGAUUGGCCAAUUCUGACCUCGACGACUUCGUCGACGUGGGCAACCGGCUCGCUGACGCCGCCGGCGAUGUCAUUCGCAAGUACUUCCGUAAAAGCUUCGACAUCCUCGAUAAAGAGGAUUUAAGUCCUGUGACGAUUGCUGAUCGAGCGGCGGAGGAGUCAAUGGUGAAAAUUAUACAAGAGUAUUUUCCUUCGCAUGCGAUUUAUGGAGAGGAGAAUGGAUGGAGGUGCAAAGAAGAUUUUGCAGACUUCGUUUGGGUAUUGGACCCAAUAGACGGGACAAAAAGUUUUAUCACUGGCAAACCCUUAUUUGGAACACUAAUUGCUUUACUCCAUAAGGGUAAACCGAUUCUUGGCAUUAUUGACCAACCUGUCCUGAGAGAGAGAUGGAUCGGAAUAAUUGGGAGAAGAACUACCUUGAAUGGACAGGAGAUCUCUAUACGCAAGUGUUCGCAUCUCUCAAAGGCUUACCUGUACACAACAAGUCCACAUUUAUUCAGUGGGGAUGCUGAAGUAGCCUUUGCUCGAUUAAGAAAUAAGGUCAAAGUACCACUAUAUGGCUGUGACUGUUACGCCUAUGCAUUACUGGCCUCAGGUUAUGUAGACCUCGUUGUUGAAUCAGGUCUCAAGCCGUAUGAUUUCCUGUCCCUGAUACCUGUGAUUGAAGGUGCCGGUGGGAUUAUAACUGAUUGGAAAGGGCAUCAACUUUGCUGGGAGGCUUCUUCUAAGGCACAGGCAGCUAAUUUCAAUGUAGUGGCAGCAGGAGAUAAAGGAGUGCAUCAAGAAGCCCUAGACACACUACAAUGGGGUAGGCCAGCAUAGAGCCCCAUAUGCAGGUACAACUGAGAUUUGGGUUCAGCCUCCUCCGAAGUAUCAGUUUUAUUUAGGAUGCACCAUCAAAGUGGUUCCAAUGAGGCAAUAAAUUAUCGUCUGCCAGGAUUUGAAGUCAAACUUUAAAUAUCAUCUUAACAAUCAAAGAACUUGAUUGUAUAGCUAAUUUAUGUAGGACAAAUUAUUUUCUUUACUCGCCAUACAACAUUUAUCUGUGGUUGCUUAAAAGGGCAAGUCCUAUUAGUAAUUAAACCUUUGGUUUGUUA